UUGACAUUGACACACGAGUUAAAACAAUUAUAAAGUAAGAUUUCAAAGAAUAUCGCUACUAAAACUAUGUUUUCAUUAAACAAUCACUUAGAAUUAAGAAGAGUGACUAUAUCCAGUUUAGUGACGUGCAUUUAUUUACCUAGUAUUGUGACUGUUAUAUCAUACAAAGGAUUAUUAUACUCGGUGGGAAAUGCUUCUUCGCUCUACGUGUUAGUACUUAUAUUUGUCGCCGAAUUAAUUAAAUCAUUUUACUUGAACUCUAAUAAUGAUCUUCAAGUUAAAAAAAAAGCAAGCAAAAGUCGAGUUAGUGAAAUUGUUAAAUCAAUUAUUUUUCUACUGGGAGUAAAGUUUUGCUUCUUCGUCGGAAUCAUAUUAUUCGGAGCCCCAGUCUUAGAAUACCAUGAGGAAACAUUAAUCUUAUCGAGUUUAUUAACACUCUUAACUGUAUUCCCCCUGAUAGCUCACACGGGGAUGGAACUAGCGGUACAAUUAUUGUUUGGUGUGAAAAACUUCUCCCGGGACACUAUAAUAGCCAUGUUAGUGAACAACGCUUUAUUGACAGUAUGCGGGGCGUGGCUCGGCGCGGUUGUUAUUCCCUUGGAUUGGAAUACACCCUGGCAACAAUGGCCAAUACCAUGUUAUCUUGGAGCAAUUGGCGGCUACCUCCUGUCUAAUGUUCUAACUGUGACUAAAGUUACCUUGAUGUCAGCGGCUAAUAAACAUCCAUUCCUUAACAUUUUUGUGAAUAUGAUGAAUAGACUACAUAUUUCUAAGUAAUUUUAGAUAUAGAAUGAAAAGUAUUAUUGCAUUUGUUUUAAUUUAAUUAA